CGAGUCUCUAUCUCCCCCUAUGCCGUCGUCUCUUGCUCGUGUGCGAAGCGGCGAUCCGUCUAGCGAAAGCGUUGGCCUGCGGCUGGUCCUCUCGUCGUUGUCGUCGUCGUCUUAGUCGUCGUAAUGUAUAAAUCGGUCAAGGUUCUCCCUCUUUUCCUAUUCUCCGACUUUUGUGAAAUUUCUCUAUCGCCCACACGAAGGGGGGAGCGAGCGAGCGAGCGAGCGAGCAGGGGUGAUGGAGAGGGCGUCAGUGCGGGCGCACACUCCCACGCGCUGGCUUGCGGCUUGCGCUUCCUCGCCUGGCUGGCGUGCUGGCUCGAGGGCGGACGUGGCUGGGGCCGCCCUUUAUUUCGAUUCCGUCACCAGUGCAAACGAGGGCGCUGGCGGGUUUCGAGAUUAAAGGGGACCAAUGACGUCCUGCAAUUGCGAUCCGUCUGGCCUACUUAUCGCUCCUUGCUGCCGAACCUUCCUCUUCUCGGAUUAACCUUUGCAAUCGCGGCAGCUACCGGUAGCUGUUGGGGGCUCCUUGGCACGGCGGAGGCGUGUUUGUUGCUUUCCCUCUCGACUUGCGAGACGGGGUGACUUCAAGAGACUGUUGAUGGUGUUUGAGUGGCUUGCAAAGGGGGCCGGGGCGAGACGAUGCUGUGAUUGGAACGGUGCCGGGCGCUGAUGAGUGCUGUUA